AUGCAGUCUGGUCUUGUCGCCUUAUUUCUGUUGUGUUUGUCCGUUAUAGUAGUAUCAGCAGCUGACAGAGAUUCCAAUCAGAAAUUCAAAGCGUGUUGUGCUCGUCAAAGAACCGCCGACAAAGAAUGCAAAAGACGUUUUUGUGAUUUCCGAGCAAUUAACCAAAAAAAUUUGGUUCAUUAUCUGAACAUGUGUUCUCCUCGUCACGAUACAGUUCAGCAAAUGUGGGAUUGUGCUUCUUCACGAGUUGAUCAUACUGAAUGCUGCAAACAAAAGAAAGUAUCCCCAAUCUGCAUGCCCUAUUGCGAAGCCAACAAACGCGCCCCCUCAGACUAUCUGCAUCACUUAACUUGUCUUCAAAACUUUGAUUCGAUUCGCGAUUGCUUUCAGGAUUAUCUCAAUACACAUCCCAACAUAUUCGGUGAAUAA